AUGGCGGUGCCUAAGAUAAGGUCGCCAAAGAAGCUCAUUGCGUGUUGUGAUGGGACGUGGAUGGACAGCGACAAGGGUUGGGUCAAGGGAUCCGUCUUCGAUGGUCCCGGCCACUUGCAAACACCGUCAAACGUCACCCGGAUAUGCAGAGCGAUUUUGCCUGAAGAUCGGAAUCACCACCCGCAGAUCGUCUACUACCAAUCUGGAGUUGGAAAUGGUAGUACUUACUUAGAACGUCUGUAUGGAGGUGGCACCGGCGAAGGUAUAGGAGAGCACAUUCGCGAAGCAUAUGGCUUUCUUGCGAACAAUUACACUCCGGGGGAUUCCAUCUUUCUGAUAGGAUUUUCCCGGGGGGCUUUCACUGCCCGAAGCAUAGGCGGUUUGAUUGGCGGUAUGGGGUUGCUGGAAAAGGCGGGAAUGCCGUGGUUCUACCUCAUCUUCAAGGACUGGGAGAAUGCUGGCGUGAAAGGUUAUAAGCCAUCCAUCUUGCAUGCAAUACCGGACUUCAACAUAGCUGCGCCGCCCGAAGACAUCAAAGGAUAUCUUUGGAGCUAUAGGAACGAGCUCCUUAAGCGAGGCAUGACCCGCGAAGUAGAUAUCCAGGCGAUUGGAGUUUGGGACACCGUUGGAGCUUUGGGAAUUCCUACAACGCCUCUACUCCAGAAAGUCGGCCUCCCGGACUUCUUGCACGAGUACAGAUUCUUCGACACCUCGCUAGACAAUCAUGUCAAAAACGCCUUCCACGCUAUGGCAUUGGACGAACAGCGCGCAUCGUAUACCCCAACCCUUUGGGAGAAGCCAGCGCACUGCACGACAAACAUCAAGCAAGUCUGGUUUCCUGGGGUUCAUUCCAACGUGGGCGGUAGCUACGACGAUACAGGGAUGGCAGACAUUACUUUGGCGUGGAUGAUGUCGAACCUAAGGCACUGGAUCGAUUUCAAUCCAAACUAUAUUCGAGAACAGCAUUUCAUGAACCAGAAAUACAACUCUUCGCGACAACCGCCUCUUGCGCGGGGCUGGAGUCUUGGUAAGAUCUACGACUCCUGCACGUUCCCAACCUCACUUGGAGGUCGCGAGCCUCGUAAACCGGGAAUGUACACUCGCAUGAAUUACAUCACUGGAAAGGAGACGUCCGAGCCUUUGGAGUGGACGCAUGAAAGGAUGCAUGUAUCAGUUCGUGCUCGAUUGCUGAUGGAAGGGAAAGGCUAUGAUGAUCAAGGACCUUACACCCCGGGCUCCCUUUCAAGUUGGGCUUGGGAUAAGGGGGAUCAGUACAGCGGUAAUGCCAUUCCAACUGGAUUUGAUGGUAGGGGUGUGCGAUGGGUUUACCAAGGGGAAAACCCGGCAUUUCAAGGCAGGAUGAUGUUCGAGGACAAACUAGAGGAGUUUGAAUUGGAGCUACUGAGAAUGGAUCCAAUUGCGGCCGCAACGGUUCUCUGA